AUUAUAAAUAAGCUAUUGGUUAAUGGACACUUUGAUCUUUUUUAAACAUGGAGAUUUAUUAUAUUAUCGUUUAAAAGAUCCAACAAAGUUUGUUAAAUGUGCUGAUAAUGAAGAAAAAAUAGUAUACAGAAUUAUUGAAGAAGCAGGAAAUAAGGGAAUAUGGACUCGAGAUAUAAGAUUUAAAUCUAAUUUAAUGCAUACUCCAUUACAAAAAAUUUUGAAAAGUUUAGAAACUAAAAAGUUUAUCAAAGUUGUUAAACCUGUAGGAGCUAGUAAGAAAAAAGUAUAUAUGCUAUAUAAUUUAGAACCAGAUGAGUCUGUAACAGGUGGUGCUUGGUAUCAAGAUCAAGAUUUUGAAACAGAAUUUGUUGAUGUGUUGAAUCAGCAAUGUUAUAGAUUUUUGGAGCAAAAAAGAGAAAAAAUAAAAAAUUGUAACACUGGACCUAUCGGUGCAAGAAAUAUGACGUUUGCUUCUUCUAAGGAAGUAUGGAAAUUUAUUUCAGAUUUAGGAAUAAGCAAGGUUAAAUUAUCUGUAACUAACAUGGAAAUGAUUUUAAAUACCUUAGUUUAUGAUGGUAAGGUUGAACGGAUACUAGCAGGAGACGGAAGUAAUUUAUAUAGAGUAAUUAAACCUAUGCUUAGUUCACCUGGAUUAAUUAGAACUCCUUGUGGUCUUUGUCCAGUGAGAAGACAAUGUCGUGAUGAAGGAUCUGUUACACCUAUCAAGUGCCAAUAUAUCAGAGAAUGGCUAGACUAGAUAUUUUAAAAAUAUUUAAGUAUUAAUACGCAUUUAACUUAAUAUUUAAAUAUUUUUUAAUCUCCCUAUAAUCAAAUAAUGUUUUUAUAUCUCCCUACUACAGACAAAGUUGAAUAAAUAAAUUCAGAAAUUUACCUUGAUAUUUAAAUCUUUUAAGUGAAUUUGAUCAUGUUUUUGCAUACAUCUGUUAUAUGUAUAUUAAGUGAAUAUGAGUGAACAUGAAUAUUAGGUAUACUAGUACAUAGACUAAAAAGAACAGACUCAAUAUAUGACAUCAUCUGAUCGUCA